CGAUGACUGAAGAUAUUCUUGACACACAAUCCUAUGUCAACAACUCUUGUCUCCAGCUCCUUCUCCAAGAACUCGUGCCGACGUCGAUUCGAGUGUCUCACAGACUCCACGAUUCAACGUCUACCACAGGAGCUCUGUUAGCGAAUCUGACAGAACCAACACAGGCCGACACACAGCUUUCAUCGGUUCGAAAUGAUUUACCUGGAACGGUUAAUGUUCUAGAGUCGUCUCUUCUCAACAACGACGAAGUCACAUUAAGAAUAGAAACCUAUGGAUACAGUUUGGGGCUCAAGUUGGCUGAAGUGCUUCUCUAUAAAAACACUACCAGUGGAACUAAGCUAGUGGAUAUAUUGGAUAUUAUGAAGUUCGUGUGUAGAGACGUGUGGAAAUGUCUCUACAAUAAGCAGAUGGACAAUUUGCGGACAAACCAUAGAGGCACAUUUGUAUUGGUCGAUAACAACUACAAGUUGAUUCAGAAAUUGAACAGUCCCAAAGGAAUACACGACACUUUGGCUAAGAGCAGGGUAUAUUUGUGGCUACCUUGUGGAAUCAUACGAGGGAUAUUACUGAGUUUCGGCAUUGAGCUGAACGUGACAGCUGAAAUCACACUGUUUCCAGCCGUUACAUUUAAUAUCCACACGGGCAUCAACAAUUAACAGCAUUGCAUCGAGCCGAUGGGAUAAGUCUUACAAGAGUCAAAGAUAGCUUGAUUCCAAUCGAAAACGGCAGAGUUUAAGAAAUUGCAAGUAAUUGUAGUAUUUCAACUCAUACAGAAAAACAUAAUAGUCAACAAGUCUACACUUUCUGACUAUACCCUGAUUUAUCAAUACGCGUGCUCUCCAUACAUAGAAUAACAGCGACUGUUACCUAUAUAGUCUCUUAACAAGUUCUAGUCGGUGGACUAGUUUUGGAGCUUCUUCUCGUGUGACACCACAGCGAUAAAAGAUGCUUGUGAAUAUCUUCAUAUCCAAAGAAAGCUCUCGUCCAAAUGAUGAACUACAUUAGAAACAUCUC